AUGUACAAACAACGAGAUCGAGCCAUGGCCUUCACCGGUCAAAGGCCAGCUUCUUUGGUCUCUUCGCAAUUGAAUCCUGGAAGUACUAGUGCUCCCCCGGGUGCUAUUUACUCAUCGGAAUCCAGGCAACAUGUCGAAAGCUCCCAGGAGCCGGCUCUAUAUUCGCAUUAUCCACUUCCAUCGGAGCCUUUUGAUACGUCCUAUAACCUCUAUGGGCCUAGCGGACCGUUCCAUGGUGGUCAACCUGUUGCCAAUAUCUCCAACAUAAACAUUCAUAAUGUUAACCUGGGAUUCCGACCAGACUUUUACUUAUACGAUCAGCCCUGUAUUGGGCAGCCGUCCUCUCAGAUGGACCAUGGAGACCUGUUUUCCAAUCGAUAUCCCACCACAAGAUCUCCUUACCAGGGGAGUAGUUUGACAGCAAAUUCUCAGGAGCUGAAUCUUCCAUCAAACGCAGUCACGGAGUUCAUAGGAUCUAAGAUCUCUUUGCCCGUCCCGUCUAGUCAAUACAAAUAUGUGCCGAGUCGUUACAGCGAGGCUGCUGCAAAGAAACUCAUGAUCCCAUCCAUGGCAGCGCCAUUUAAUACCUCUCUUCAAUGGAUAGCCGAGGACCCCAGAAGCAAACAACGUCAUCGUGAAAAGAGAGUCAGGACGCAGUUGGAGAUUGAGAACCGAAAGGAGGACAUUCAGAAGCUCAAACAAUUUGGCGGAGCGUGUCUUUGGUGCCACCGAAGCAAGAAGAAAUGCGACCCUGCUCAAAAUUGCGAGCUUUGUCGAGCUAAUAAGCGUAGAUGCAUUCGGAGCCAUUCCCAAUUAUGCUUGAUUGGGCAAGUUGAGCCCAGCACCAAACAGAACUCGAUUCCAUAUUUUGGACCUCCCUCUCAAGAGGCGCUGAGUGCUAUGCGCCUCAUGGCUGAUAAUGCCUUUUCAGAUAGGCCGACUGUGAAAGUCUGUCUGUAUAUUCAGCAUGCAAAUGGCUUAAAAGGUCUAGAAAUGACUAAGGAUGACAUGGACCCACGCAGGACUGAAACACAGCGCCUAAUCAACGACUUCAAUUACCUAAUGAGCACUUGUAUGCAAUCCCUCGACUUAGAAACGCUCAGCGAGACCUAUCCAGGUCACCUGCUAGUUUCUCCAGUUAUCAGGAUGACCAGAUUGUACAUGAUAAUUCGAAGCCUUGCGACAACUAGAAUCCACCUUUGUUCAUCCGAUACUAACCUCGCUCAGUUGAUUCUACUUCUGGUAUUGAUUGUCAGUAUACAGAGCUUGGUAAGGAUGUCUGAGAGCUUUUCGAUUGACCUGUGUGAGGCCCUCCGGCGACGAAACACAGAGACUACUAGACCGAAUCAGAAACGUCGUCAGCAUAAAGGCACCUCAAAUAAAAGCUCAUUGUCUGUCACAAUGGAGCUUUAUUGUAAAUUGGUUGUUGGCUUACUGAACCUGAUUGAGAGUCCUGUCAUUGCACUAAUCUUUAAGCAUUUCGACACACAACUGCUGGAAGUCCGCGAUAACUUGAAGGGCAUCCUUGCAUCAAUGAACUCCAUUCAUUCAAAGCGUGCCAAGGGUGCAAUCAAACGAGGUCCAGAUGAAGAGGUUCCUCCUUUUCCGCCCGCUCAACACUUCGAACUAGCUUUCCGAGUGGAAUCCCUAGACACUAACGGCUACUCCGAAUCAACAAGAGCUAAUGAUCAAUGUUACAUCGAGGUCCCAGAGCAAGCCAUUCACGAUGUUGAGACCUUUCUUCAAAGUGGAAUUGACAAUUUAGAAACCUUCCAGAAUCCACUGACCAAAGAUCCGAAAAGCCUCGUGUUGGAUGAGGCGCCCACUCAAUCGGUGUCUACUGAGACUGCGACGGAUAUUACUUCGCAUACAGAGUUUCUUGAUACCCCGUCUAUUGAGUCUGACACAUUCGAUGAGAUUCUAGGUUCCGCUCCUUGGGAUUGGGCUGAUGACGACUUAUAUUCAAGUAUGAUGUACUAUCCGUGA